CUACCAGGGCGGAUCCAGAGAUUACUUUGUUGCCGUUGUGGGGCCAGGUAUUCAACUUGGGAACGAUGAUCCAAAUAUAGCACCCCGCUGUAGUCCUGUUGGUCAUGACUUCUGGGUAAAAGAUUUAUGGAUGCCAAAGGACAGUAGGAUAUACUACAAGUUCUUGGUUGUGAGGUCGUACACAGGCGUUAUCGUAGAUAUAGAAAACAUAGCACCUCGUCAGCUACAUGUUGGUCAGACACCUAUCACAGUUGGAAAUACUUUCAACAGAACAACAUACAAAAGGAAAAGAGCUACCCAUAAACAGUCUCGAGCAAGAAAUGACCAGAAAGGAAAGAAAUUGGAAAAGGACAUUCAAUACACGAAAAGUUUGCAAAAGUCUACAGGUUCUGCCAUAAAAUAUACAAUGACAAAUGAAAAGACUGGACACGACAUCAGUGAAUUUGUUCCCACAACAUUAGAAAUUCCAGAAAUUCUUAAAAUCCAGACAGGGGAGACCGUUGAGACGAAGGACGUCCAAACACAUUCGACAGACACAGCCAUUGACCAGUCCACGUACCAAGAGGCAGUAACAGGUAAUGAAGAUCAAACUGAUAGCUUCAACAAAGCAAAUUUCGCUAGUUAUGCAAAUGUCGUUCCUGGCGAGAAUGAAAGUAACACCGAACGUUCCGGAAGAAAGAGGCUUUUCUUGGGUGGCACUCGCUUCGUGUCUCGGAUAUUUUGUCUUCUUUAGAAAAUAGAUUUUAUUUAUAUGUAAACUUAUGUUUUUAUGUUUUGAUCACUGAUUAUUAUUACAAUUAUAAAUUUUAUACAAAAAUGUUGACGACUUAUUUUCUCUAUUUGAAUAGCAAUUGCUGAUUCUCUAUUAUGUGGGUGCCAAUGGUGUUGUACACUUCAUUAGAUCUCACCAAGAAACUCAAACAAACCGUGUCUACCAUAUAAUGCUGCGUUUCAAAUGGAUCGUCUUAUACAUUUAACUGAUACUUUGCCAAAUGUCCUCCAUGUAAAUGCCGGUAUACUUUUAACUCGUACGUCGACGAGAAGUCGAUGCCAGUUAAUCGACGAUAUAGGCGUUAAUAUGUUAAUUACUUAAGUCUAUUUUUUGAAAAAUUCACAAGCAAUAGCCUUUAAAAUUUGUUUCCUGUCAGUAAAUAGACUCUACCUAUCUACAGUUACUGCAAAGCCCACUGUCGGAUGUUAUUUGCAGAGAAAGUUUAAAAGAAAUGUACAAGAGUGUAAAAGCAAUGCUAAGGUAAUCCUAUCUGCAAGAAUGUCAAAAUUCUAAAGAAAGAGUUUACAUGUAAAAUGAGUGAAAAACAAUAUUUUUCAAACCAGGCACUAUUAGCAAGUGUGUUUAUAGUGACUUUAUACCCUAACUGAACU